AUGUUCGGGGGAAGUGUCAAAAACUUUCCGCUUGUCGCCUGGAUACAAAACUACUCUCUCCCGAAGGACCUGAAAUAUCUUUCUCACCUGGGGACAUACAAAGGAAAAAAUGACCCAGAUGAUUUUUUAGAGGCCUUCAAAGGAGCAGCAGCGAUGAAAGUCUGGAACGUACGGAUUGCGUGUCGAAUGUUCAGGUACGCACUCAAAGGAGACGCCAGAGAAUGGUUGAAGAGUGUGAAGAAAGGAUCCAUCACUAGUUUUGAAGACCUUAAAGAGAAAUUCAGGGCCCACUUUAGCCAACAAAAGAAACAUAAGAAAAUCCACGUGUCAACCCAUGGAAUAAAGCAGAAAGAUACAGAGGGUUGCAGGGCGUUCAUGGACCGAUUCACCACAGAAACGGAGGAUAUCAUGGAUCUUCUUGAGUCACAAAGGAUAUUCGGACUACUACAUGGUCUCCGGAGCAAAGGGCUCGUCGAGUUCCUAUACAGAGACCUCCCAAAGACAUACGAAGCAGUCCAGAAGAGGGCUCAUGUAUACCUGGAUGUUAGGGACACCGCCUCGAAGGGAGAUAUAAGUCCCACACGAGAAGGAAACUCCAGCGAACAGAAAGGGAAAAUGGAACAAUGA